GUAUGGUAGACAGUGCUGCUGCAUAUGGUCAUUUCUAGUGACACAUUAGAUAUUUUUUUCUUGCAACAGGCUAUGCUCUACUUUUCAUUGAAGUUGAGUAAUUUAGCAGACAUUCUUAUCCAGAGCAACUUACAGGACCAAAUGGGGUUAAGUGCCUUGCUCAAUGGCAUAUCGACAGAUUUUUUUCCAAACUAGUCGGUUCGGGGAUUCGGACAAGCGACCUUUUCAGUUGGUGACCCAAUGCUCUUUACUGUGACCCAACCCCUCUUAACCGUUAGUUAACCUGCCGCUAUCGCCCUUUUCACACUGGUUGUUAGUUGGUUCACAAUGCACCGGUCUAGUAGAGCAGUGGUUCCUACAUUUGUUUUUGGUUACUGUACCAGCAAAUUAUUUUUCCUCUGCCCAGGAGUACCCCUUAAGUACACCCUCUGUGUGCUCAGGAGUCAGCAUGUUGUCAUGGCUGCGGCUGGACUCCAUUACCAUAGUUCUCUGAACAUUCUGCACAGACAUUAAUAGAUACCUGUUAUUAGGUAUGGACAGAACGUUGACUGGGAAUAAUGAACUGUCCACACACUCCCCUAACCAGUGUUUUAGACACCACUAUAAUCUUUAUUGUGAAUGUAUUUGAGAUCAUUAGUGUAUUUUUGCCCAAUGUGAGAGAACAGCGCAUGUCAACAGAGCCACACGUAUGUAUAACAAAGGGACUGGUGAGAGACCCUCCCCUCCCAGUUGGCGCAACGAACCGCACUCUCUCUGCUCUCCUCCGUUCCCAUGAUGCACCGCGUCUGCCUGUCUCUGCUCCCCUCCGAGCCGCCAUGUUGUCGGAGUGAAAGCCUGGAAAUCUGGAUAGAGAAUCGGGGCUGAAAUCUUCAACCAUCCGCCCUCUCCGCCUGCCGUGGUGGAAUGAGCAGCGUGUGUGUGUUGAAGGGUAAAGCAGUGCUCUGGCAGGCCUCGUUCAGCCCCCACCUCAGAACUUCAACUCCCAGCAUGCCGGUGGUGCUGAGCAGCGGAGGACACGCCCCCCCAGCCGGACAGACCCCACACGCCCCGCCACCAAGCCAGCAGGGCGUGACGGGUACAGGGCGCUCUCAGGAUGAUGCCAUGGUGAACUACUUCUUCCAGCGCCAGCACGGAGAGCAGCCUGGCAAACACCGCUGGCCCACCGGGGAGAACAUCCACGACAGCCAGGGGCGGUCGAUGGAUGAGCUGAACCAUGACUUCCAUGCUCUGGCUCUAGAGGGGCGUGCCAUGGGAGAGCAGCUGUUGACAGGUGAGAAGUUUUGGGAGAGUGACGAAGCCCCAAAAGGGAUCUUCCUGGACCAGUGGAGGGGCGGUGCAUGGGGGGCCACAGACCACUUGGUGUCUCAGCCAAUCAUGGUGUCUCAUCGGCCGGGUGGGGGUUUCCAUGGCGGCGGGGAGGUGGGCGGGUCAGUGAUGUCACCGCGGUCAGAGAGCGGGGGCUUAGGAGUCAGUAUGGUAGAAUACGUCCUCUCCUCUUCUCCCGCCGAGAAACUGGACUCCUGCCUCCGUAAGGGACCUUUCGGUGCGAGGGAUGGAGAGGUGGGGGAGGAGAUUAGGGAGAAACCAAAGGCCUCAUUUGAAGGAGAGAAACUCAAGGAGAUGGGAGAGGGUGACGUCAUCAGUGAUGUCAUCAACCCCAACGGGCUCCCUGUGCAGAACGGCCUGGACGUGGAUGGCAAGGAGUACAGUCGUCAAGGCCAGAUACUGCCCGCAGGGCCAGACACUGACCUAAUAGGGGGUGUAGGAGGGGAGGGUAUGGUCUCCAUGGGAGGUGGUGGUGGUCCCAAACCCCAAGAGGUCUUCUCCGGGGUGGAACAGGGUGUUACCAUGGAUACCAUGCAGUCUGUGAUGGAGCCGUUGCAGUUUGGCUACAACUCCCAGAUGACCAUGGACUCUCAGCCCACCAUGGGCCUGUUCGACUACAGCAACCAACAACAGGUGUUCCAGAGACCCAGUGCUCUAGCAGCCCAACAGCAGCAGUAUGCCUUGGCAGCAGCACAGCAAUCUCACAUUGGUUUGGCUCAAGCGUUUGUUUCCAACCCUUACAUCAUCAGUACCGGUCCGUCUGGAACCGACCCCUACGCUGCUGGACUGGCAGCUGCUGCAACACUGGGCCCAACAGUGAUGCCUCCUCAGUACUAUGGGGUGACUCCCUGGGGAGUGUAUCCAGCCAAUCUGUUCCAGCAACAGGCUGCGGCCGCCAACAACUCAGCCAAUCAACAGCCUCAAGGACAGAACCAGCACAACCAACAACAGGUGAUGCGUGGGGGCGGUAACCAGCGACCCCUGACCCCUAGCCAAGGUCAACAGGGUCAGCAGAACGACCAGCUGAUCGCUACCGCAGCAGUCAACUCAGCUCUCGCCUUCGGACAGGGGCUGGCUGCCGGCGUGCCUGGCUAUCCCAUGCUGGCUCCAGCUGCUUACUAUGACCAGACGGGGGCGCUAGUGGUCAACACAGGAUCUAGGGGCGGACCCGUACGCCUCAUGGCUCCCGCAGGCUCAGUUAUUAUCUCUCCCUCCGCUGCACAAGCAGUGGCGGCAGCAGCUGCAGGUGGCGGGACUAACGGUGGUAUGGGAGGCGGGGCCAAUGGUCCGUUCCGAGCCAUGCAAUCACAGCAGCCUCAGCAGCAGGGGGGAGGGGCUAUGUCAGGAAACUCCUUUUAUGGAUCCUCUCUUAGCAACUCAUCCCAGAGCUCCUCCCUCUUCUCUCAAGGCUCCGCCCAGCCGGGCCCCGGCUCCGCCUCUCUGGGGUUUGGUCAGAGCAACUCUUCACUCGGAGCGACAUUGGGCGGCUUUGGCACUGCAGUGGCUAACUCCAGCGGUGGCAGCAGUUCUCGUCGUGACUCUCUGACUGGCACUAGUGACUUGUACAAACGCACGCAGUCCAGCCUCACUCCCAUUGGCCACGGGGGGUUCUACAACGGAACCCUGGGCUUUAGCUCCUCUCCCGGGCCGGUCGGAAUGCCUCUGCCCAACCAAGGCCCCUCCCACUCCCUAACUCCACCCCCCUCUUUGUCCAAUCACAGCUCCUCAUCCAACCUCAACCUGGGAGGUCUGACCAAUGGCAGCGGUCGUUUCAUAUCUGCUGCCCCGGGGGCGGAGGCGAAGUAUCGCAGCGCCAGUUCUGGCUCCUCCCUCUUCUCUCCCAGCAGCCAGCUCUUCCCGUCGUCACGGCUACGUUACGGAAUGUCGGACGUGAUGCCGUCAGGGCGGAGCCGGCUUCUGGAAGACUUCCGGAACAACCGCUACCCCAACCUGCAGCUGAGAGAGAUUGCUGGGCACAUCAUGGAGUUCAGUCAGGACCAACACGGCAGCAGGUUCAUCCAGUUGAAGUUGGAGAGGGCCAGCUUAGCGGAGCGUCAGCUGGUGUUCAGUGAGAUCCUCCAGGCUGCCUACCAACUCAUGGUCCACGUCUUUGGAAACUACGUCAUCCAGAAGUUCUUUGAGUUUGGCAGUGUGGACCAGAAGCUGGCUGUAGCCGAGAGGAUCAGGGGUCAUGUCCUGUCUCUGGCCCUUCAGAUGUAUGGCUGUAGAGUCAUACAGAAGGCGCUGGAGUUCAUCCCCUCAGACCAACAAGUUAUAAGUGAGAUGGUACGGGAGUUGGACGGUCACGUGUUGAAGUGUGUGAAGGAUCAGAACGGCAACCACGUGGUGCAGAAGUGUAUCGAGUGUGUUCAGCCCCACGCGUUACAUUUCAUCAUCGACGCCUUCAAGGGACAGGUGGGU